AUGGCACCAAAGUCCGCUCAGCAGUCUGUCCCUACCAAGGACCAGAUUCUCGUCCCGGAGACCCUCCUCAAGAAGCGCAAGUCGCAGGAGAAGGAGCGCGCCGAGGCCGCUGAGAAGCGUGAUGCUCGCAAGAAGGAGAACAAGAGCAAGCGCGAGACCAUCUUCAAGCGUGCCGAGUCGUACGUGAAGGAGUACCGCGACCUUGAGCGUGAGAAGAUCCGCCUUGGCCGUGUCGCCAAGUCCGAGGGUAGCUACUACGUGCCCGCCGAGCCCAAGUUGGUCUUCGUCGUCCGCAUCAAGGGUAUCAACAAGAUCGACCCAAAGAAGCGCAAGACCCUCCAGCUCCUCCGUCUUCUCCAGAUCAACAACGGUGUCUUCAUCCGCUUGACCAAGGCCACCUCGGAGAUGUUGAAGAUCGUCGAGCCAUUCGUCGCCUACGGUUACCCCAACCUCAAGUCUGUCCGUGAGCUCAUCUACAAGCGCGGAUACGCCAAGACCGCUGAGAAGCACCGCAUUCCUCUCACCGACAACGCCAUCAUCGAGGAGCACCUCGGAAAGCACGGCAUUGUCUGCAUGGAAGACUUGAUCCACGAGAUUUACACCGUUGGACCCAACUUCAAGCAGGCCUCCAACUUCCUCUGGCCAUUCAAGCUCAGCAACCCUACCGGUGGCUUCCGUCCUCGCAAGUUCAAGCACUUCGUUGAGGGUGGUGACCUUGGUAACCGUGAGGAGUACAUCAACGCUCUGAUCCGCCAGAUGAACUAG